UCUCUCUCUCUCUCUAUCUAAUAAAAUUAAAGAAUGUGGACACACUUCUUCCUUAUGAAGCUGACGAUUCCAAGAUGAUGUCUCCUUCCAGAGACUGUUCUAUCUCAACCGCUACUUCCACUCACUUUCCUAUUGCCUCCCUCCCCACAAAACCCUUCUUCCUUAUUCCUUCCGUCUUGAUCUGAUCUCUUCUAUAAAUUCAACCUUUCUUCUAGUUUUUCUUUCAUUCGCUUGACCAUCUCCUGACACUACUUCUUCAUUUCAAUUUCUUAAUUUGCUUUCUUGCACGUAUCCACAGAGAAAGAGAGAGAGAGUGAGAACAUUUCUUUCAAUUGUAAUGGAGUCUGCUUGGGUUAACACUUCUAUUGACCUCAACAUCAACCCUUUCAAGCAUAGUGAUGCAACAUCUCCGAAGAAAGAACUGAAAGAAGGAGAUUUUAUUGCUGGGUUUGGACGGAAACCACCUGUUAUAGAAGAGACUAGCGUUUUGGUUGAAGAGUUGGCUCGGAUAAGCACUGAGAACAAGAAGCUAACAGAAAUGUUAACUGUUCUAUGUGAAAAUUACAAUGCUUUGCAAAACCAUUUGGUUUAUCUGAUGAGCAAGAACUCCGAGAAAGAGCUACUGGCUGCAUCUAGGAAGAGAAAGGCCGAGAGCGAAGAUUAUAGUAAUAUGAUUGCAAUCAAUAAUAAUGGAACUACUGAAAGCAGCUCUAGUGAUGAACUAGAUUCAACUAGAAGGCCAAAAGAAACCAGCAAAACAAAGAUUUCAAGAGUUCUUCUUCGGACAGAUCCAUCCGAUACAAGCCUAGUUCUGAAGGAUGGAUAUCAAUGGAGGAAAUAUGGCCAAAAAGUUACAAGAGACAACCCUUCUCCUAGGGCUUACUUUAAGUGCUCAUUUGCCCCAAGCUGCCCUGUCAAGAAGAAGGUCCAAAGAAGUGCAGAAGAUCCUUCUAUCUUGGUAGCAACCUAUGAAGGAGAGCACAACCACGUGCACCUUUCGCAGCCGGAAUUGUCUUUAGGCUCGAGCCAACACAGUUCAAGUGUAGCAGGUCCAAUUCCCACUGCGACCCUUAUGAGAGCUUCAGGCCCUGCUGCUACUGUAACUCUUGACUUGAUCCAAAAUGGAACGCUGGAGAAUGCUAAAAAAUUAGUUCAAGAUACUGAAGCUCCAGCAAUCCAACAGAUUUUGGCCCAACAAAUGGCUUCUUCCUUGACAAGAGAUCCGAACUUCACAGCAGCACUUGCAGCUGCCGUUUCAGGAAGAUUCAACCAGAGACGGAUUGAAAAAUUGUGAAAUUAGCAGUAUCAUACGAAAUUAAGAGUUAAUGCUUUGAGAGAUUUUAAAGUAGGCUCAGUCUAUUUAUUACAUUAUUGAUUUAGUCACGAAAAACAUGAUAAAUAUAAGCUUGCUAGGAAUUUGUCUUACACUUUUGCAUUUAAUUUUGUAAGUUAAUUAGAGAGCACUAGUGAUGUAUAUAGAAGUUGGAGACAUAAAUAUAUAUAUAUAUAUAUUUUCUCCAUAACGUUUCUUGGGCAAGGUAUUUGAUCGAUCAUUAGCAAUUAGUGGAGGAGAAAAGCAAUUAGAAAAGGGCAAAUUAUAUAAUGCUCUCUGUGCCUAUGCACCAUCACUCAUACAGGACUGAGUUUCAGAAAACUACUUUGUUUGAGUGAUCAGUGUUUUGUUUUUUAAUGCAUCAAGUAUAUUUAAUUUAAACAAAGUGAGAAAGGAAGUCCAAAAUGCUGCCAAUUUGAGGACUAUAUGUAAUGACAUUCCUUUUGCGAACCUCAUUGAUAUAUAGAAGUUCUAAUUUGGUUCUAUUAUGUAAAUCA